AUAAGCAUUUUAAUUUCAAAUGUUUUAACACUCAUUUUGUUUCUUCAGACAUUAGUGUGGAUUUUAAAAAAUACUCCAAAAGCCUAUGUAACGAAAUCAGUGUUAUUAUGUAGUCCAUACUUUAUAUGCAAUUUAAUGACCUUGUCAAUUUCUUUGGUACCAAGAGCAUUCUUUUUCUGUGAUACAAUUAGUCACAUUACUUUUGUAAUAUGUGCUUAUCAGAUGUUCAAUUUAUUCUUGCGAUACGUCGAUGGCGAAUCAAAAUUGAUAGAGUUUCAUCAGGAAAAACCAAAAAAAUUUAAUGUUGCUACUCCUCCUUGUUGCUGUCUUUUACGUCUGUGUUUCAAAAAAUUACCAAUAACAAAAGGAAGAAUUGACUUAACACGAAUUCUGAUUCUACAAUUGACCAUAAGUCAUAUUCUCUUAUACAUUGUUUUAAACAUUAUACUGAUUAAUGAUGUAACAACUUUUAAUUCAAUAAUCUUGUACGCUACUCCUUUUAUUGUUGGACCGAUUCUCUUAGGUGUAUGGGGCUUGAACAUAAUGUUGAGAAUGUUUGAUGAAGCUGCUCCUGAUUACAAAUUGAAGGGCAAAUAUUUUGCACUUCAACUUGUUUUAAUAUUUUGUAAAUUACUGCCUGCCGUAGAAAAAGUAUUAUCAUCUUUAUGGUUGCAGAACCGAAUUUGUAACGAAGUGACUGCUCCACCGACUUACCUUCUUUUGAUUAUCUCUGUUCUUCUUUUGAUCCUUCAAAUUUGGGCAUCACGACUGUAUCGAUAUCCCAUUCGAAUUUAGAUGGUAAAAAUGGAUACAUAUUUGUGGAUUCUUGUCUUCCUUUAUUAUUUAAUAUUAUUAUUAUUUUAUUAUUAAUAUUAUUUUAAAACGUUUAAAGAU